AUGCCAGAAGACCCCAGGCCCCCCAGCCCGGAAUUGCUCCCUUACGGGACCUCAGAUCAAUGCUGGACUCCCCCAUACUCACCAUCUCAACUCAUCAGACGUCUCCUGCCAACAUAUGCAAUCAUUUCUCGGGACUCCAUGACCAAGAUCUGCGUACAACCAGACUGGGGACUUGUGCAAUCAAAACCUCUGACCGGAUCUCGGAUGAGAGCUGGAGGGGCAUCGUUUGGGGGACCCUUGACAUCUGCCUACCCAAGCACCGACACUACUGCAGAUGGGCAUCGGAUGAAGCUGUUGCUGGACACAAGCAAGAGAUCAAGUGGCACCGGCCGUGGAUGCAGAGUAUUGUCAUGUGGACUAUGUACUCAUUCAAUUUAUGCUCCCACCUGA